AUGGCGACUCUUGCGGACGAGCUUUUAAACGACUUCGAGGAUUCCGGCGACGAGAACGAGGAGCAGAACGGCGAAACCCCACAGGACGAUGGUGUCGCAUCGCUUUUCCCCGCGGAUACCCCGGUCCAGCAAGUCAAGGCUGGUGGCGAAGAAGGAGGCAUGGAUCUAGACGACGACGAGGAGGACGUUGAGGACGAUGAAGAACUCAUGGAAGGCGCGGCUGCGAAACAGGCACGCGAUGUGCCCGAAGAUGAGGAAGAGACCAAAGCUAGAGUCGAGAAGAUGCAGCUUGGAAGCGUCAGCGAUGUACGAAGCGUAGCAGGAUUGAUGAAGACGCUGCAGCCAGUGCUUGAUAAAAUCGCACACUACCAGGGACUGCCGCCUGAGAAGCAGACCAAGAACAUCGGUUCCAUCGAGGAUAACCCGGAGUACAAGCUGCUCACGCAGUCGAACACCCUCGCCACGCAAAUAGACAGCGAGAUUAUCCUUGUGCACAAGUUCAUUCGGGACCACUACUCUCUCCGAUUCCCAGAGCUCGAAACCCUUGUCACCAAUCCCCUGGACUAUGCGAAAACGGUUGCCAUUAUUGGAAAUGGCCCCAUGGACGCAGAAUCCAUCAAGAAGAAGUCGGCAUCCUCGGAUAAUCUUGUUGGCCAGCCACUUAACAAGGUUCUUGAUGGCCCGUCCAUGAUGGUGGUAACCGUCGAAACCACGACAUCCCAAGGACGAGACCUCACCGACACCGAGCUCAAUACCGUCUUGAAGGCGUGCGAAAUGACGCUGCAGCUUGACAACGCCAAGAAGGUCCUGACUGAAUACGUGCAGUCACGCAUGAACAUAUUUGCUCCGAACUUGACCGCUCUCAUCGGAUCUCUUACUGCGGCCCAACUCAUCAACUAUGCUGGAGGCAUCAAGGGUCUCGCCAAGACGCCUUCUUGCAAUAUCGCCGUCCUUGGAGCCAAGAGAGCGUCUGGAACAGGGUUUGCUACCAACACCGGCGUCAGGAACCAGGGUUUCCUUUACCACUCUGAGAUCAUCCGCAACAUCCCCAAUGAUCUCAAGAAGCAGGCCAUGAGGAUUGUCUCGGCGAAGAUUGUACUCGCAGCAAGAGUGGAUAGCAUUCACAGCAGCCCCGAUGGGUCCACCGGCGAGACGUUGAAGCAGCAAUGCUUGGAUAGACUGGACAAACUCACCGAGCCACCGCCAAACAAGGGUAUCCGGGCCCUCCCCGUGCCGGACGACAAGCCGUCACGGAAGCGAGGCGGUAGACGAGUUCGCAAGGCCAAGGAGGCGUACGCCAUGACGGAGCUGCGAAAGGCGCAGAACCGCGUGGCGUUCGGAAAGGAGGAGGCUGAAGCUGGAUAUGGAACGGGUGAUGGCACCAAGGGUCUCGGUAUGAUUGGCCAGGCCAACGAUGGACGCAUCCGCGCCACUCAAAUCGACCAGCGAACCAAGGCCAAGCUGAGCAAGAAGAACCCUGGUUGGGGUGGAGCAACGCCCGUGAGUGGCGUGGCAUCCACUAUGCGCGGUUCCGGUACCGCAGGCAAUGCCAGUGUGCUGAAGGGCCAUGGUUUAAGGUCAUCGGGUGUUGGCACCGCAGGUACAGCAUCGACCAUUGCGUUCACGCCUGUACAAGGUCUUGAGCUUGUCGAUCCCAAGGUGCGCGAAGAGGUCAACCGCAAAAGAAAGGCGGAGGAGGACAGAUGGUUCGGCGGCGGCACUUUCACCCAGAUUGCAGGUGCGAAGACCGAGACGGGUGGCAAGAAGGAUGCGGAUGGCUUCAAGGUACCAAGCCUGCCUCCGAAGAAGCAGAAGCAGUAG